UACUUGGGGUUCAUAGGUGUUUUCUAGUUUGAAUGACUUCAUCCUCUGAUGUAACGAUGACGUCAAAGCUAAGGUCUAUAUCAUUGAGUGGGACAACUGAGGUGACUGAGGUGACUCGAACUUCAGACCAUGGAGACAACGUAUUAGGAUUCGCCAAUAAGAUACGUCACACAAAUCUCUUCAAUGACGUCACAAUAGUAGCUGACAAUCGAAGAUUUCCAACCAAUAGAAUGAUCCUGGCGACUUAUUCAAAAUAUUUCGAACGUCUUUUUAUCUCACAGUUGACCCUUGACCCUAUCGUCCACCUUGAUGACGUAGACGCACAAAGUGUUGGGCUAUUAAUUGAAUUCAUGUACACAAAGCAUAUCAACAUUAAUAUUAACAAUGUGUGUGAGGUUCUUGCUGCGGCUGAUCUACUGGAAGUACAAUCUGCCAAAGAUUUUUGUCUUGAAUUUCUUGGGCGCGCCAUUUCUGUUCAAAACUGCUUCACCAUCCAAGGUAUAUCGCGACAAUAUAGUAGUGACGAACUCACCACCCAAGUCAAUGUGUUUAUAUCCGAACACUUUGACGUUGUGACGCAACAAGAGGAUUUCAAGAAACUGUCAAACAAUGACGUAGACAAUUGUUUAGGACACGUCAGUAACCUUGAUGUAUCCACGGAAUCCAUAUACACAGCCUUGGUAUCCUGGGUGAAACAUGAUCUAGAAGAGAGACGAUCCCAUCUUUCCCGUCUCACCUUUCAUAUCAGCUUCAAACAACUCUCGCCACAGUUUCUACAGAAGGAAGUUUUGUCUGAGCGAUUGAUUCGAAACGACCUGGACUGCAUGAACAGGGUUUGUGACGCAAUAUCCGGUCAUUUAAACAGAUUCUCGGAGCAAGAUCACGCGACGCGCUUUAUUUACAUCGGUGGAACAGAGACACUGUGUGACGUCACAAUGUAUGAUCCGUCUGGAAAGAAACGAACGAUUUUACCGAACCUCGUAAACGGACGUGACGUAGCAUGCGCGGCUAUGGUUGGCUGCACGUUGUUUUUCAUUGGUGGAGAUUUGAAUGUUGGCGGGAAGGAAAGUCCAUCAAACGCCGUGGAUUGUCUUAAAAUGGACGAUGAUAAUUUAUUCUGGGUGAAAGCUGCUCCGAUGAAUGUAAAGCGGGUGUUGGCUGCUUGUGCUGUCAUACAAGACACGAUAUUCGUCGUAGGAGGUCACAAGAAGAACCAGUAUCUAUCAUCAGGGGAAUUUUAUUCACCUGUAUUCGAUACUUGGGAGAUGAUCGCUAACAUGAAGCAAUCAAGACACGGUCAUGCAUUGGUUGCUUGUAAAGGUCGUUUAUACGCCAUCGGUGGCCACGGUGGUAAACAUUAUCUUUCAUCGGUAGAACGAUAUGAUCCUGUAGUUGGUGAAUGGAGUGACGUAGCACCCAUGCAUUCACCCCGAUGCUGGCCGUGUGCUGUCGUCAUUAAUGACGUCAUAUACGUUAUAGGUGGAAGGUCAGAUCGCGACAUGACGUUGCGAAGUGUCGAGAUGUAUGACGUCAGCAAAGAUAUUUGGUGUCACGUGAGCGAUAUGAACCGAUACAGAUGCGCGUUUGGGGCGUGUGUUGUGAAUGGAAAGAUAUUUGCUAUAGGAGGGCUUGGCUUCGAUGGUUCCACUGAAAGAAGCACGGAAAGUUACAACCCCGCAAACGACGAGUGGAAAGUUACAGAAACAUUCACAGCCAAGUUAUACAACCAUUGCGUCACAAGUUGGUGACGUCUUUAGAAGUGAUGUCACAAAUAUCGUGAAAUAUAUAAACUGUAACAUCUGCACGACGUCACGAGUUAUCAUUAAUGACAAUAUACAUACGCGACGUAAUAUGUAUGAUGUAGACUGUAGAUACUGUGUGGUUUCAUUUCUUCUAAAUAAUUUUAAAUAUUGUAAUAUCAGUUCGUGCAUUCAAAUACAUUGUGUGGAUACA